AUGUCACGUUGGUAUACGGAUAUUUCUAUAGUCACAAACAAUAGUAAAUUAUUAAAGUCAAUUGACGAUGAAGUUAAGUGCAUAACUCUUAUUUCAGAAAAUGAGUACCUCAUUGUUUGUAAAAAUGGUAAAAUUCAUUGUGUUAAUGAAAAUGGGUCGGUUGAGAUUGAAAUUGAAGGAAGUGCUAUCGGCUCAAUAUUGUUUAAUGGGAAAUAUUAUAUUGCCUCACCAACAAAAUUAUAUCUUUUAGAAAAUAAACAAGUAAAAGAACAACUUAGUUUUUCAAACCAGUGUAGUGUUAUAGCAGCUUCAAAUGACAAAAUAUUUGUUGGACUUGAUGGAAAAAUAGUAAAAGUCUAUAACGAAGAAUUUAAAGAAGAAAAAGAGUUUGAUAUUCCUGAAAUAGUUGAUAUCAAAUGUAAUGGUAAUACUGCUAUUAUUAUUACAAAGAAAGGUACUGAAAUUAUUAAUGCUAAUAAUUAUGAGUCUCUCUGUCCUGUUUACUUUUCUGGGGGAAGAAUGAAAGUGUAUGGGAUACCUAAUUCAUGUUGUAUUACUCCAGAUGGGGAUUAUGUUUUGGUUGGAACAGAAAAUGGAAAAAUUACUUCAUUGGUUAAGGAUGAUACUCAAUUUACAUUUUAUGCCCACUGUAACAGAGAAACGAACACUACAUAUAAUGUCACUUCUAUUAAUUAUUACAAAGAAAAUGUCAUUAUUUCUACUGGAAUGGAUGGAGAUAUUAAUGCUUGGAAUCUAAAAGACAAAAGCAUUAUUUCUUCAGUUCAAACAAAAGAAGAAAUUGUUUGUGGGUCUAUUGUUAACGGAAAUUUUGCAUAUGUAACUAAAAGUAAAGAUAAAUACAAUAUUUUUACACUUGAAAUUGAACAAUUAUUAAACGAAAUAAAAAAAGUUCCUUACCAACAAAAGAAAACUAAUAGGUCUAGAAGAAAGAAUAUUUCAAUAGCAGAAGGUAAAACAAAAAAUAAUAAAGAGAAAAAAGAAAAAAUGGUGAAUAGGCGAUUAAGAAAAAAGGUAAGAGAAGUUCCAGAAGUAGAAGAGAGUUUUUCAAAUGAAAUUGAUUCUUCUUCUGAUAAUGAAGAAGAUAUUAGAAAAACACCAUCAAGACAUAAAUCCUCUCCUAUUAAAGCAACAAGUGGAUUAUUUGUGUUUAUAAUUUCUUUUGAACCUAAAGAAGCAGUUAAUUUCAAGAAAGCAAUAUAUAAACAUGAAUUAUUUGGAAUUACAACUAAAAUUGAAAGAGCUAACGUUAUAGUAAAUAAACAUGGACAAAGAACAGCUGAAGUGUUAGAAGGAAUUCUCAGAGGUAUUCCUAUUGUUGAAGAAAAUUGGGUACUACAGUCUCAUAAAAAAAUGGCAGUUGAACCAUUUGAGCCAUAUUUAAUGAAAGACAAAUUCCCAGCACUUAAUCACAGUGUAUUUGAUGAAUCACUGUUACAAAACAAAACUGUUGGUAUUUAUGGUGACUUAAAGAUUAGAGAUAAUAUUAUUAAAAAAUGGAUUGAACAAAUAGGAGGUAAAAUUGCUACAAGAGCUAAAUAUUCUGAUAUUCUUUUGGUUGGAAAAUCUAUGUUUGCAUCUGACGCAACAAGAAGAACAGAGGGUUUUGCAGUAAAAGAGGAGUGGUUAUAUGACUGUAUUUCUGAAAUGAAAUUCAUAAAUCCUAAGAGUUAUUUAGUUAAUGGUGUUUUGAAAAAAGAAAAAGAAACUGAACUUACACUAGAGAAACCGGUGGCUGAGCAAGUUAAAGCUUCUAAUCAUAAAAGUAGAAUCAGCCGUCAUACACAUUCAGGAGAAAAAAAAGAAAAACAAGAUAAUACUAUUACUGAAACUAAAGAAGAAAAAGAAGGUUCACCAAUUGUUGCUAUGGAAGAAGAAAAUAAGAAAUAA